AUGAUGGUCUCCAAUAUCAUGGUUAUCAAUGAUUUAACUUCUUCACGAGUUGAUGGUGGUCGAUGUUCGGCCGGAGUUCUCGACAGUAUGUGUUCGAAAAUGGCGUCACCAUGUACUGCGAGCACAUCUGGGGAAGUCGAGUCAACAGCGAAACCAGGAGAAUCAAAUGGAAAUUGUCUAGUUAUGCCACAUUCUCAGAUUUAUAUUCUUACGCUACAGUUCUCUCCCCAUCCAUUUGCAACAGUAUUUGGUCAAGUUUAUGCCGUCGACGAUUUCGAUGUUCUAGAAAGACUUGGAGAAGGUUUCUUUAGCAAAGUUUCUAAGGUUAGGUUAAGAUCCUCUGGAGAGGAGAUGGUAUUGAAGGUUGCGAAAUGUUCUGGCUCACCCGAAAAUCGGCGUACUGUUCAUGCUGAUGUCGCACAUGAGGCAGCAAUGCUGCACCGCUUAUCACACGAAAAUAUUCUUGCUUUACGUGGUGUGUGCGUUGCAGUUGUUGAGGAUGGUUAUUGGGAUAUGCAUCUGCUUGUGGACUACUGCGAUGGCGGGAGCUUAUCGAAGUUGAUCUUGGACCGUGCAACAUUGUUCCCCUGGUGUCAGAGAGUUCGCUACAGUCUCGACAUUGCUCUGGCGAUGCAAUAUCUGCAUUCUGAAAUGAUAAUCCAUCGUGACCUAACAAGCAUGAACGUCCUUCUUCAACUGUCUCGUGGAAGUUCGGUUUGGGGGCGAGCCGUUGUCGCCGAUUUUGGACUAUCCUGUCGCUUCCCUCGACGUGGUGAGAAGCUCCCUCAAGUUGGCACAACUUAUUUCAUGAGUCCAGAGUGUCUCAAGGAAGAAUUCUAUGACGAAAAGUCAGAUGUCUUCUCGUUUGGAGUAAUUGUGUGUCAAUUGAUCGCUAGGAUCGAUGCCGAUCCGGAUAGUGGACUUCAUCGUACAAGUAACUUCGGACUUGACUAUGUUCGCUUCACCCCUUGCUGUCCGCUAGACACUCCAAUUGCUUUUUUGAAGUUAGCUUUCCAUUCAUGUGUUAUGGAUCCUUUAGAGCGACCAUCUUUUGAAGCACUUGUCUCUAUGCUGCAGAAAAUCCAUACCAUGAUGCCGUCAUCACCGUCCUAUGCUGCACUAGAAGCUCGAGGUGAAACCAAGUUAGCUCGUUCUCGUUCUGAUGCGGCAUUGAAAAAGCCCGCGUCUGCUGUUUUAAUGUCAAGAAAGAUGUCUAGCAAUGUUUGCAGAAUGGUUCGGCCAAUUAUUGAAGGAGAGUCAGUCGAGGAGAAUUCUUUAUUGGCUAUGGAAAAGCUAGCACGAGAUGUCGCACGUAACCAACCAACGUUAGAUCAUACUAAUCCAUUUUUGGAUCAUGAACGUUUUCGAAAGGAGAGGAAGAUUUUGCCAAAGAGAAAAUGUCGUCAUCGAAGUGAUGCCAAACAAGAACGAGAGCUCACAGACGGGAAUUACCUCGGAGAAGAGCACAUUCAGCAUACUGCUACAGGCACACAGCGCGCUGUACCUCGUCAUAGGUGUUCUUCUCUACCACCAGAUAUUCAUUCUUGUUUUUUGCCGUUUGAGUCGAAUGAAGAAAAGCGGGAGAUUAGUCCAGGAGGGAUGCCUCUAAUAUAUCGUGAUUUCGAUAUGAAGUUCCUUAAACAAAUGAAACGCUUUCCAUCUCGUCGACACACACUUAUUCCUGAAUGUAGCGGAAUUCGGUCAAGUCUGGAACUGCAGUCGCUUCGGUCAUAUCCGAAUCCAACUGUAUGGUCCUACACUGCUGCUCCUGUGGUAUCCGAUCAACACAUCUCAUACUACACAGGGAUUCCAUCGGAGUACUCACCCAAUACAGGUAAUCGACUAAACAACAAUCAGCUUGAUGUUAGCAAUUCUGAACACGGAAAAUUCACCAAUAGCCCCACAAUCGUUCUGGAAACUGUCGUUCGUGCUCCAACCACAGUUUCAAGCACAAUAUGUGUUCCGAAAUGUGAAGGAGCAGUUGUUAAUACAAAAUCUCAUAAGUGCACUAUUCUUUAA